CCUCCUUGGCCAUGCACCCUACCAAUCGAUCCUGGUCUCUUCAAACACCAGCGCGUCCUACCUCGUCUGACCAAUGGCUUUCCCGGCAUCUUCGUCCGCGACGGCCUUGGUCCUCCUCCUAUCUCAGUUCCUCCUCCUCCUCCCGUCCGCCACAGCGGGGGUGAUCUGCGAGGACCUGCCGCAAGACCUGUGCGCGUUCGCUGUGUCGUCCGCGUCGAAACGGUGCCUGCUGGAGAACACGCAGCUCGGCGGGGGCCGCACCGAUUACCAGUGCAGGACGUCGGAGGCGGUGGCGGAGGGAAUAUCGGAUUGGAUAGAGACGGACGAGUGCGUGCGGGCGUGCGGCGUCGCCCGCGGCAACGUCGGCAUCUCCUCCGAUUCCCUCCUGGAGCCUGACUUCGUGCAGAAGAUCUGCUCCGCCGAGUGCUACAGCAACUGCCCCAACAUCGUCGACCUCUACUUCAAUCUCGCUUCCGGAGAAGGUGUUUUCCUGCCGGAUCUGUGCGAGGCUCAGCGAGGGGACCCCCGCCGCGCCAUGGCGGAGUUUCUCAGCUCUGGAGCAGCACCGGGGCCGGGGGCUCCUCCUCCUGUUUCCACCUGAGAACGAGGGGGUGGCAUCUGUCCCUCGUCCCUCUUCUUCCUUGUUGCAGAUAACGAUGCGGUGCAUGCGGGGAGCCUGCAACUACUUGUCUUUUCGUCCAUAUAAUAAAACAUCAUACCAUCUCUUCUGUUUUAGGAUCAAUGAUACCUCAAUCAAAAUCUUUAUCGUUA